AUGCAAACAUCAACAGACAGCACAGUCCUACAAGAAAAUAGAACCGAUAUGUCGCCGAAACCCACCGAAAUCAACGCAACGCAACUUAACCUGGCAACGGCGAUGUUACAGGAGAACUUUUUGCAAAGGUCUAUCCAGAACGUGGCCCUUUCCUUGCAAAACGCUAUGAUGAACUCCUUGCAGCAAGCCGCGCUUCUUCCCGUCAACUCUGCUGCGGCAGCUGCCCUGAACCUUCAAGCCCUAGAGUCGUAUCUAACCCUGCAGAGACUCACCACAGUUUCUGCGAAUGUUAACAGCAGCAGCGGUAGGAUAGAUAUCUUAAAAAUAGCCGCCAGCACUGCCAAAAUCAAUGAGGAAACCGCGAGUAAUAGUGAAGAUGCGACAACUAAUACCAAUUUGACGGAAGAUGUGGAUCUCGCCGAAGAAGUCGAGGAAGAUUUGGCAUUGCUAGACAACGACGACGCCUUAAAUAAUUUUUCUCUGUCCUCUUCGCCGGUGGACACGAGCUAUCCCAGUUUAAUAAUGAACUCUAUAUACCAAACCUCAGUAAAUAGUUCGGCCAACAUUUCGUCUAGCACGGCCGCCACUAACGUGAUAGUGGCGAGGCAGAAGGGCAGUUCGAGACCAAAAAAACAAUUUAUAUGUAAAUUUUGUAAUAGACAGUUUACGAAAAGUUACAAUUUGCUGAUACACGAAAGGACGCAUACUGACGAGAGGCCUUACUCCUGUGACAUUUGUGGGAAGGCGUUCCGAAGGCAAGACCACCUAAGGGACCAUAGGUACAUCCACAGCAAAGAAAAACCCUUCAAAUGCACGGAGUGCGGCAAGGGCUUCUGCCAGUCCAGGACCCUGGCGGUUCACAAAAUCCUCCACAUGGAGGAAUCGCCCCACAAGUGCCCCGUGUGCAGCCGAUCCUUCAACCAGAGGUCAAACCUGAAAACCCACCUCUUGACGCACACCGACAUCAAGCCGUAUAACUGUUCGGCCUGUGGGAAAGUCUUCAGGAGGAACUGUGAUCUGAGAAGGCAUAGUUUAACGCACAACCUGGGGGCCAGCUCGUCCGCGACCAUUCUGCCCAAUCAGACUUUUAGUAUAGACUCGCUGAUGAGCAAAACGGCAGCCGCGGUUACUAAAUAA